CGACCGAUUCUCGCGCCGCGGACUCCUUUUUUCCCACUGUUUCUCGGUGUGCUCGUGUAUACCGUGAUCGCGCGGGAUUAUCGAUUAGCGGCACCACGCUACACACCGGUGUCGUUGCACGGAGAAGAGACCGAGAGGAAGGGUUGUAAAGGGAGGAUCGACUAAAAAAAAGGCACCUCUUUGAAAGACUAACAUACACCUCAGCCGCGUGCCUUCCUUAGGGGUUUUCACGGUGAGAGGACACGUAGAAACGCGAGAACCGGGUAGAUAGAGAGUGAACGAUAACACAGCGUAUGCUAGAGAGAGAGAAAGAGAGAGUGGUGUGGAAAGAAGGUUUUGUCGUAAUUUGAGAAAAACAAAAAGAGUAUAAAGACGACCGAACGGGGAGGACAACCAUUUUAACCAUAAUAAUAGCGUUGAACGAUACAACCGCAGGCGAGGACACGCAGUGCGGUACCGAGGAGGUUUCCGCCGGCGGACAGGGAGGCGAUCAGCAGCUACAGAGGAUGACGAUGGACGGCAUGGAAGUGGUGGGCUCGCAGCCCCACGCGGCCACCAGCCCGUUCUUGCUCUCCUCGCCGCCGCUCGGUCAUCAUCACCAUCAUCAUCACCAUCCGACCUUCAAUCUCCAAACGGUCCAGCUAAGCUUCGACGCGUGUCUGCCGUACAACACGGCCACCUCGUCGAACUCGAUCGUGUGCGGCGUCGGCGGCGGCGGGGGCGGCGGCAGCUCGACACCGGCACCGACCACUUGCGCCUCGUCAACCGGCUGCAAUAACAACAACAACAACCUCAACAACAACAAUAACAACAACACCAAGACGAUACCAAGUCUGUCGCUAGCCACCUGCGUGCCGCUGCACGCGCAACACCAGAACAACACCGACGCGGCGGACCAUCAUGCCCGCCACCAUCACCAUCAUCAUCAUCAUCCCCAUCACCCGAGGCUAGACGAUCACCAGCAACACCGGCACAUCGACGCCCCGUCGCCGUCCAGCGACACCGCGGACGGCAAACGGCGGCUACAGCCAGUCAACGACGAGAAGGAAUGCGCGAGAGAUUGCAGGGACGAUCUGCAGGAGUCUGCCGACAAGGAUAAGCCAGGCAGCCUGGCAGGCGAGGACCUAUCGCUGGAGGAGGCGACCCCGGAGGACGAUGAGACGGCUACCUCUGCCGGCAGGGAUCACCGGCAUCACCAUCACCAAGAGUCUCAGGACACGGGCACACCUGGCGCACCACCGUCCACCAGUCCACCCCGUCAUCACCAGACUCAAGAGGAUACCGAUCGUUGCAACGUUCUCCAAGGCGGAGUGAUCCUCUAUUCGUCCCCUCAUUCGACGUCCUCGGUGUCCUCGGUGCCAGCCACCAGCGGCAACAUCUGCAACGUCCCGACGUUGACCUACCGCGGCGUGUUCACCACCACCUGCACGCAAUCCUCUGCCCUGAACACUCUGCAAAGUCCCCAGCAGCAGACCCAGCAACAGCCGCAACAGCAGCCCAGCAGCCAGGAGCUCUGGGGUCCGUUACCCUCGCCGACCCUCACCUUGACGGGUCAACCAUUCCUACAUCCGAGUCUUCACUCGGCGCCGUACGGCGGCGAGACCGUCGAACUCCUCCAGGUCGAGUCGAAGCCACCCCCACCGCCCGGCUACCACGAUACGCCAACCACCACGCCGGCCGGCUGGCUGACCGCGCACGAGGAAGCCUACGACCCUAGCCUGCUGUCUCAUCACCACCCCCAUCAUCAUCACCAGGAGACCGCGCUGAAGCAAGAACCAACAGGGACCAGCGGUUACGGCCCAGCGGUUCCUCAGCAGCAGCAACAGCAGCAGCAACAACAACAACAGCAGCCUCCCCAAGCCAACCAACCCCAACAGCCCCAGCAGCAGCAACCGCCGCCGCCGUUGUCGGCCGGUACGACCGGCGUGCAGCUCGCUGAGUACAACCCCAGCACGUCCAAGGGCCACGAAAUCCUCACGCAGGUUUACCAGCAGAGCGCUCUGCCGCUCAGGCUGGUGCCAGUGAAGCCAAGGAAGUACCCAAACCGACCGAGCAAGACGCCCGUGCACGAACGGCCGUACGCAUGCCCGGUGGACGGGUGCGACCGCAGGUUCUCGCGCAGCGACGAGCUCACCCGCCACAUACGCAUCCACACCGGCCAGAAGCCGUUUCAGUGCCGCAUCUGCAUGAGGUCCUUCUCCAGGAGCGACCACCUGACCACCCACGUCAGGACGCACACCGGAGAAAAACCGUUCUGCUGCGACCAAUGUGGACGCAAGUUCGCGAGGAGCGACGAGAAGAAGCGGCACGCGAAGGUUCACCUGAAGCAGAGGCUCAAGCGAGAGGCUACGCACGCGUCCGCUAGGAACCAUCCCCAAAGUCAUGCCUCGCCGCCGUGCAACCAGUAAAAUGGGUUCUUCGUUGUAACCAGAACUAUCUUUUUGUCUUUUGUCCGGCCGCUUGCCUCUGUAGGAGCUCAUCGAACGUCGCUGGUCCUCCCGCGUUGCCAUCUUCAUCCCCUAAAUCGCUGAGCCCCUUUUUCGACCUUUCUUGCCCGUGUUCGCGCGCGGCCCAGCUUCCUCUCUCAUCGCCGGGCGACGAGGACACGACGGAGACCUUUAGGCGGAACACGAUGGCUGCCGUCAACGACUGAUCCGUUGUCGUCGAUCGUCGCCGCCGGCUCGCCAGCGAUCGACGGGCACGAGGAUCAGCUACCAGGAGUCUUCUUGCCAGGCGCCGACGCGUUUCGACGGUCGUGCGGACACGGACGCGUGAUAUUUAGGAGACCCGCGGCGACAGGCCGCGGGCCUCGUCCAUGUAGUACAUAAGAGAUCGUCUCUCGUGUGAUCAUUGUACAUAUAGUCGCGGGUAGUUUUAUUGAAACGGGGAUCUCGAGGGAAUUAUUCGUCUCGCGCCUCUCGGGUACGUGGGUCUCCGGUUCGGGUGAUUAUUCGAUGUUGAUCUUGGAAUUUUCUACGGUUGACGGUCUCGUCGACCAGGGGAGAUACAGGGGUGAUGUUAGGUGUGCCAACGGGUAAAUAAACCUUGUUCAGAGAGUUCUGUAUAUUUGAGAUAGCUUGUUAAUCGGACUCGAUGAUUUGUUAUUUAUUUUUCUAGCGAUAGUGUUUGUAUCAUUUCCGAGCAAACGGAAGAUCGAGAUUAUUCUGUAGUGCAAUACCGUUGACACCGUAAGUUGGCGCACUUAAUAGACAGGGUGUCCAAGUAAGUAAAUACCUCUCGAACGUUUAAAUCUAAAAAUGAACUCGCGUCAAUUCUCAGCUCGCCCGUAAACACAAGUGGACGGUCCACCCGGUAUAAAUCCGGAACAGAAGAGAUAUCGCAGCAAGAGUUCGCCGGGCAUCGAUAUGCAAAUUGGAAAACUAUUUACGCUCGGAAUCUUAACGGAAAUGGUCGAAUACGCUUAACAGGUGCAAUCUGUGGGAAAACCAGCGGGAACAUUCGACCGAGACAAUAUGCCUGCUCUCGUUCGAGGCUCCGUGACGAGAUCGAUCCGAACGAAUCCAUUCCCGCGUGCUCCGCUCGACGAUCGUGUUAGACGGCACUCGUCGCGGAAUUUUUCCAUCCGGUUCUUCCCUCGCCUCGCCCGGGGUCGUCUAAGUUUUGCAUUUAGCUUCUCCAGCGAGAUGAAACCAGCUCCUCUCGGCCGAGACGAAAAUUCCUAGCUCUCCUCGCGGCCGGGUAAACACGGUAUCUCUCGGCGCGGCUCGAGCGGUCGUUUCCUCGACGGCCAACCGACGGCUUCGGGUUGUCGUGUCGAUUCUCUUCGAUGCGUUUUUCGCGACG